AUGGAGAAUUAUUCUAGUGAUACCAGUUAUUCAGCAUCUUCAUCUCAUGGGCAUGAAGUUGGAUCAAGUCCGUUAUCUAAUGGGUUAAGCAAUCUAAAUCGUAAGAAUAAUAAUCGUUAUAAGAAAGAUGGUAUGUCUUCAGUUGAUAAUGAGGUUUCAUCAAUGAAGAAUGAGAUUGGUCUGAGGAACGGGAGAGGUAGAUUGGAUUAUAAUGUCUUUAAUGAUAGAAAUAAUACCUAUAACCUUCUUCGUGGUGCUGAAAAUGGCGAUGUUGAUGAUGAUGAUGAUGAUGAUGAUGAUGAUGAAAAUGACGAUGGUAUUGAUGGAGAUGGUACCGAUGGCGGAAUUGACUCUUCUGGGUUGACUAUCCCAAAAUUACAGGAAUCCAUGACUCCCUGGAGAUCUUUGGCAGGCAAUAGAAUAGGUUAUAAAGAGAUCGGCGAUAAAUCAAAAUUGGAUACUUUAUCACCUUCGAAUUCAAGGGCUUCUGUUAUAAACUCUUUGUUCUCCAUCGAUGGUGCACCAACUACAGCACCUGCUUCAGCUGGAUCAUUAGAGAUUGAACAAUUGCAGAAACAAGUGACUACUUAUAGAUUAAAGAUAAGGACACUGUUUGAACUCAUAAAACAAUUGAGUAACGUUGAUGAUACAUCUCCAGAUGGGAAAAGAGAUUCGUUUUAUAAAAAUUUAUUGAAGACAAUAUCACAGAAUGAUGAAGUUGAAGAACUUAGAAAACAAUUAGAAGAUUUAGAAAUAUCGAAUAUAGGGAUAGUUGAUGAAUUGCAUGCCAAGGUAGAUACCCUUAACAAAGAAUUAACAGAUACUAAAAAGGACCAUCAAGCAACAUUAGAAUAUGUAAACGAAUAUAUUGAACAUUCAGAGCAAGUUUCAAAUAAUAUUGAUGAAAUGCUGAGUAUGUUGAUGGAGAAAUUAUAUAAAAUAUCGCCAGAAGAAAAAGAUGCACUACAGAAGGCAAAAGAUAUUUCAUCUUCGUUUGUAAUGGUAAAAAUGAAUGCAUUGAUAUCUACAAUGAGAAGGGUUUUAGACGAUUUAAAGGAAUAUCAAACACAAGAAAAUGAUUCCUUUGUGAUUGCAAAUAGUACUGAGAUAAAAAUUGAUGAUGCCAAAAGUCCCAUUGAAACUUCUAAUUUAGAAGAUAAAUCGAUUUUAGAUACAAGGUUAGAAGAGGCAAUAAAUGAUAUUCAUGACGAAUAUGACAAGUUUAUUCAUGGUAUGAAAGAUAAAGUCGAUAAAUCGUCGAUAUUAGAGGAUACCCUCAUGAAAAAAAUUUCAGAACAAAAUAAGUUAAUACAAAAAAUAUCGGAUCUAUACUCUACUCAGAAUACAAGCUCUAAAAUUCAACGUGGUAAUGAUGAAAAUAGAUCUUUGAAAUUCUUAAAAGAAAGUGAACAACAACUAAACAAGACAAUCGAUAUGCUUAAUGAAGACAUUCUUAAAAAAGAUAAAACGAUUACAGAAUUGAAAUAUAAAAUAGAAAACUUUCAAGAAGUCACAUCAAUUGAGAAUAAGUUACGAAAAGAAUUGGAUGAAGAAAUAAAGUUAGGCAAAAUUAAGGAAAAAAAUUGGGAAAACCUUGCAGAUGAAUUGGAAACUGAUAUUAAUGAAUUAGAGAUAGCAAAAAAGAAAUUACUUAAUAUAAUUGAACAAUUGAAUGUAGAUAUCGAGAUUACAAAAAGAGAAAGCGACGACGCAAUCUCACAAUUAGAAAACCAAUUGCAUAGCAUGGAAAGGAAAUAUAAUAUAAUGGAUAUAAGGCACAAAGAAUCAAAUUCCGAACAUGAUAAACUAAUAGCAGAGAUACGAUUAUUAGAAAAAGAAGUUAAAAAAUGGCAAGAAAUUGCGAAUGAUGCAAAAUCUAAUUCUAUAAACAUACAGAAAUUUGAUUCUGAAUUUAAUAAUUUUAAAGAACAUUUACUAUUACACAUGAGUAAUUUAUUGGAGACUUUCAGUAAGAUAUUACAAGAAAGCUCGAUCAACCAAUCUGAGAAAAAGCUACAAAAUAUUUAUAAAAUAAGUGGACUUGCCAAGAUUAAACUAAUCCAACCAAGAUUAGAAUCUCUGUAUAAUUUCAUUGAAACAGCACUAGAGUCUGUUGUUGAAUCAUAUAUGGCACUACUAUUAUCCGAAAAUGAGAACUAUGAAGGUGGUAACAAAUAUAUCGAAGUUAACAAAGCUCUAGAACUACGAGUAGAAGAACUAGAAAGGAAAUGGAUAUCAGAGAGAGAAAGAAGAAAAUUAGAUAGCAAUGCAUCUGAAGAAAGGAUACAAAAGUUGGAAAAAGAGAAUGAAAUGUUACGAGAAAGGCUUUUUAAUGCUUCAAUGAAAUCUUAA